AUGCGUCCGCUCUUCCCGCUCUUCCCGCAAAGAAGCGCAGGCUGCGCUGAAGAGGCCGCAGCCUCUUCCGCAGGUGCGGCGGCUGCGGCCCCAGUCCCGACGACGUCAGACGUGGCCGUGCGCAGUUCCGACGUCUUCACCGCGUCGACUUCGUCCCUGGACGAGCCUUCGUCUACCGUUCAUGACCCGGCUACGAGUGCUUCUACGCCCGCUCGGGGGGCGAUCGCGCGGGGGGCGGGUCGUGGUCGACCCCUCUCUUCUCCGCAAGCACCUGGAAUAGAUCCUGGUGACGCCGUCGUCACCAGGUCCAGGUCCAGGAGCAACUCAGGACAUGACACCCGGCCUCGCCGUCCUCCCACGGCGGACGACUCCAGCGAUGCUAUCGCCGCUCCCUUUUCCCCUUCUUCUACCCGUCCUCCCGCCACUACCUCGCCUCGUCGUCCUGUCGGGCGCCCGCGGGGUCGGUCUGUUGGAGCCCAGGCCGCCGCCAGCCGUGCCGGAGCCGCAGCCGGAGACGUCCAUCGCCGUCGCGCUGGACGCCCCCGCAAGGAUGCCGCUUCCGCCCCUCCCUCUCCUGCUUCGGAGAUCUCCUCGCGUCGCGGUCCGGGUCGUCCCCGCAAGGACACAGGUCGUCCCCGCAAGGACACAGGUCGUCCCCGCAAGGACACCGGUCGUCCCGCUGCCCCGCCCGACGGCGGGGGCGGGGCAGCGGGUGGAGCAGCUUCUCAGCCUUCGACGCCCUCUUCUCCGCGACCUUCGUCGGCAUCUCCUCCUUCAACGACAGCACCGUCUACGUCUGCACCAGCGGCCCCCGUCACUCCUCCUGCGAUUGCGACAUCGGCUCGCCGUCCUGGUCGCCCUCGCAAGAGUCCUCCUGCUUCCAGGGAGCCCUCUUGGAUCUGUCCGACCACAGGGGACAUCGCCGAUGACAUCAUCGACAGCGGCGUCGGCGCUCCACACGACUUCUCCGUGACCAUCGGCAACCGCAGUGGCGCCAACAUCAAGGAGAGCCUCUUCAACGAAGGCUGCGCAUGGAUGACGAAGCGUGCAGUUCGCGGCAUCACCAGCAUGGAGCGCGGAGACAUCAACGGAAACCUACACCUCCAGGGCAUCUGGACCCUGGCCCUGAAGAAGGACUUCGGUGACAGCAAGAAGGAGGAGGCGGCCUUGAGGAGGAAGCUUCGGGUGGACUGCGGGUGGACUGCGGCGGACAAGGUGAAGAUCACCAUCAAGCGCCUCAUCAAGCAACAGACAUUCAGCGGGAUGGUAGGGUACUGCUCGAAGGACGAAGGACGAUCACACUUCAAGACGGUCACCAAGGGCGUGUCGCGGACCGAGGUCAAUAUCGCCCUCGCCGAGUACCGCACCCUCCAGCGAUUCGUCGUCUCCGAGCUUCGAACCGACAUCGGGAAGAAGAAUUUCUGGGGUGUCCUUCGGCGCUUCAAGCAGGAGCACUUGCGCGGGAUCUCCGUCUCACCGGUGCAGCUGAUCUCGUGGUACAUCAACGACGGGGAGGGGAUGCCCAGCCACACGUGGAUCUGCCCGACCAGCGCAUUCGCUAUGGAGGCCGCGCGCGCCGAUGCCUACUUCACGGCGCUCAUGUCCCCAUCGCUUUUUACGCGCAAGGACGCGUACUUGCUCUUCUUCUCCGGCGGGCAGGGCGGGCGCGUGAGCUCGUCCUUCGCGAAGUGGGACUACCAGGACCGCGAGUUCUCCGAGAUGACGGUCGACCAGGCGAAGGUGUGCUCCCACGACCGCCAGGAGCUGGAGGGAGCCAUGGACAUCGCCCGCGAGCGCAUCAUGCGCGACAUUGCGGAGUCUCAUCGCGCCCCGGCAGGGGUCGUCAACUUCCCCGUCGACGCAGACUCCGACGCCGGCUCCGACUCCGACGUCGCCGCCGCCCCGCCGCCGCCUCCCGCUCGUCGUCAGUGGGACCGCAUCGGCCGUACUGCGGCGGACACGUCGUCGGCAUCGGAGGAACUGCCGCUCAUUAUCUGCCCCAAGUGUGUGGAGCCAGGGUGCACCAAGGCCGGCAACAUCGCGAUGGUCGCGUGCAACCUGUGCGACGGGGACCUCCACCGAUCGUGCGGAGUGCGCGGGGGUGAGGAGGACGCGUCGUGGAGUUUCAAGGCAUCCGGUGCUCCCCCUGCUCCACGACUUCCCAUGGGAAGAGGAAGUCUCGCGCUAGCUUGUACUGAUUUCUGUUUGGGGACCUUUCCGUAG